UCUGUCUGCUGUGGACGCUGCUGCUCUGCUCAGUCUGCUGAGCAAACAGUCUCAUUUCAAAGAGAACUAAGCAUCAUUUUCCAAUCAUUCAUUCAUAUUUCAAAAAAAUACCCAACAGUUGAACUCCAUGGCUGAGAAACCUAAACUUUAUUAUUUCAAUGGAAGAGGGAGAAUGGAAUCUAUUCGCUGGCUGUUAGCAGCAGCAGGGGUUGAGUUUGAAGAAGAAUUUUUGGAAACAAGGGAACAAUAUGAAAACUUAUUAAAAGAUGGAUUCCUGCUCUUUCAACAAGUCCCUAUGGUUGAAAUUGAUGGAAUGAGACUGGUACAAACCCGAGCCAUCCUCAGCUACAUUGCUGCAAAGCACAACCUCUACGGGAAAAACCUGAAGGAGAGAGCACUAAUUGAUAUGUAUGUGGAAGGAACAACAGAGCUGAUGGGAAUAAUCAGGGUUCACUACAGAUUGCCUCCUGAAGAAAAGGAGAAGAAUCUUACUUUAACAAUUGAGCGAGCCACAAAGAGAUACUUCCCUGUGUAUGAAAAGGUUUUGAAAGACAAUGGGCAACAUUUCCUUCUUGGCAACCAGCUAACCUGGGCUGAUAUCCAGUUGAUUGAGGCCAUAUUGAUGGUAGAAGAGAAGGAUCCCACAAUUCUCUCACUGUUUCCUUUUUUGCAGGCUUUUAAAGCAAGAGUUGGUGCAGUACCUACAAUUAAGAAGUUCCUGGAGCCUGGCAGCCAGCGGAAGCCUCCACAUGAUGAAACACUCUUAGAAACGACGAAAAGAGUUUUCAACAGGAAAUAAAAUCUUGGAGCCCAUUAUGGGGUGAUCUGAUUCCUUCAUCUGUUAAAUCCUGUCUGGAGAAUGCUGUCUUUAUUUGUAUUUGUGUAAAUACUCUAGAUUGUAUAAAUCAAGUUCAGGCUAACUAAUAGAACAUUAAGAUUAAUGCUUCUGUAAACAUUAUGUAUCUUGUCUUGUUUUCAUUCUGUCUUUGGGUAGUUCUUGGAAAGUUCAGAUCCAUGGUGAAGGACUGUGCUGUUUGCAUAGCUUGCAAGCUAUUAAUAAAGGCUGCUACUCUGAGCAAGUGUUAAAAUUUAGAAA